AAUUUGCUUGUGUUGUGCUAAUUGUAAACAAUGAAUGAUGUUCCAAUUCGAUCAUCUCCCAGUACCACUAACCAUGGCACUGAGGUUGAUGUUAGUGGAACUCGAGAAAUGUGUGAUGUUCCAAUUCAAUCAGUUUCCCUCACCAACAACAUGGAGUUUGAUUCCUCUUCAACACAAAACAAUGUUGGUGGAAAAACAUGCCACCAGUGUCGUCAAAUAAUCAAAGAUGUUGCUGCAAUCUGUAAAAAUCCAAGGAAUGGGAAGCCAUGUGUAAACAAGGUUUGCCAAAAAUGCCUCAAAAAUAGAUAUGGGGAAAUGGUAAAUGAGGUAAAUUCUUUGACUGAUUGGAAUUGUCCGAAGUGCAGGGGAAUUUGUAAUUGUAGUUGUUGCAGGAGAAACAAUGGUCUAGAACCUACUGGUGCUCUAUCUAAUACAGCAAAGGCAUCCGGUUUCAAAUCAGUGUCAGAAAUGCUUAUCAAUGAGGAGUCAAUGGAUUUCGAAUUGAACAAGGUUAAUAAUGUGGAUGUUGUGCCUUCACAUGAAGCAACUUUGGGAAAUGAUCUUAUACUAGAUCCAUCUGCUAUUAAUGAUACUGAAGGUGGUAUUUCAAGUAUGGACAUUGAACAACAUCCAAAUGUCGGGAAAGGUGUUGUAGAUACUAAAAUAGUUGAGAAAGAAAUUCCUUUGCCUACUGCCACAGAGAUUACAGCAAUAUUAGACAUUGAGCUUCGACCGGAAGAUGUUGGAAAUGCAUUGCAGUUUCUAGAAUUUUGCCGAGUGUUUGGAGAGGCGCUCGAUAUCGAGAAAGGAGAAGGUGAAGCAAUUUUACAAUCAUUGAUACGUAAACAAAAUGUGUGUCAAGGUGAAAGCACCUUAGUUGUUGAACUCCAAAGCAAACUGUUGACUCUGAUAGUAUCUGAUUCAAGAACUAAGUCCCCAUCCUUAACUACUAGUGAUGGAAAUAAUUCAUGGUUGAAAAUUCUGCAAGAUUUAAUAAUUAAAUCUGAUCUUGUUCUAAAAGAAUUUCCCAUAGAUUGGCUUAAUGAAGGCAUUGGUGGAUAUUAUGAUUUGGAUAUAUCUAAAAAGCUUACCCUUUUGAAUUUUAUUUGUGAUGAAGCACUGGGCACUACGAAACUAAGGAGUUAUAUUGAUGAUCAAAAUGUAAAAUAUGCUGAAAAAAAGAAAGAAGCUAAAUGCAAAGUUGCUGCAGCUAAGGAGAAGGAAAAGAGUCUUAAGAAAAAUUUGCGGGAUGAAAUGGAAAAAGAUGCUAUGUCAAAUGUGGAUAGACUUUCGAUAUCAGAACCUAAUGAACUUAUUGUAACACUAAAAAGUGAAGCAUCCAAAGCUCACACCGAGUUUCUUGAGGCAAAAGACGCAAUUUCUAAAUGGAAACAAAGUUCAGAUGCUAUCAGAAUUGAGCCUGAGUUCUCCAAUAGUAGUGGUCAAUCAUUUUGGAAGUUAAAGAGUUAUAAUAGUGAAUGUGAUCUCUUAAUGCAAGAUAUCACAUUAAAGCAAGAGGAUGCGACUCUUGCCGAAGAAAAAUGGCUUUUUUAUGGUCCUGAACAGAAGGAUGAGAUUGAUAUGUACAUUAAUUCAAGAACUAAAAGAAAUGAGUGAAGACACAUCACUAAAAGUUUGCUUAGAAGGAGUGUCACAAUUACAAGAGAAACAAGAUGGAUUACUUAAUGAAAAUAAAAUAGAAGUCUAAAGGAGUAACUGAAGUGAGAGAAAAGUUAAACCCUCUCCACUCAUGAAAGAAAUUUAUUUUCAAUAAUGUUUGGAAAAUUUGUCAGCUGAAAUAUUUGACAGUCCUAGUUGAUUGCUUGUGUUAUUUCCUUUUC